AUGGAAAAUCAAGGACGAGUUUUUCCUGGGCGUAACCGGUACCACGAAUUGUUGUUCCUCACCAUUCACAUUAACAACACAAUGAGGGAAGUCAAAUCAAAGUACAACAUUGCAAACCGGGGGUUUCGUCUGGGUCGUAGGAGUCGAAGAACGUUCCUGAACAACCAAGGAAAAGUAUCUGUUCGAAAGAUCCAGAACCUCAUCGCAAAUUCUACAGAAGACCAGCUGCACGAAAAAACACGGACCCUCCUCUUUGAUUAUUGGAACGCGAUGAAGAUCUUCGUCGACACAGGACUGUUGAGUCUGCUGACUGCAAGGGACUACAUGAAGUUUCGUCUAUCUUACAUCGAUCAGCCCUGGCUCGACCUUGGAGAUGCAUAUCGGUCCCCAGAAAUGAUGCAAAGAUUCUAUCAACACGAACUUGCGCUCGGGGAUAAUCAAAGCGACGAGUUCGGAAGCGCCCAACAAAUUCUCGAAGAUGAUCAACGAGCUUUCGCGGAGAUUCGGCGUCUUGAAGAAGCAGAGGCUUCACAAGAACAACCCAUUGCAGACGUAGAACUUCCCCGAGAAGACUAA